AUGGACAUGAUCCUUUUCUUUUGUUGCAAGUUGUUUAAAACACCCAAAAAUGUUAUCAGAGUUGGCCAACUUGGUAACGAUAGAUUCAAAGAUUGGCAUAAUUUGCAUCGGUCUAUUAAAAGUCAUGAAGGAAAUGAAGAGCAUAUAUGUUGCAUGACUAGUUGGUUUGAAUUGGAAAAUAGGCUUCGAACAAAAACUAGAAUUGAUAAAGGCGUUGAAUUGUUGAUCGAUGCGGAAAGAGACCAUUGGAGGCAUGUUUUAACAAGGAUAAUCUCUAUUGUAAAAAGACUCGUCAAAAACACAUUUCCAUUUCGAGGAGAUGAUGAGAAGCUAAAUGUUGAGAACAAUGGUCUGUUUUUACAAAUGGUGGAAAUGGUUAGUGAAUUUGAUCCAAUAAUGAAAGAGCACCUUCGGCGGGCUAAUGCAAAAGAGAUUCAAUACACGUAUCUUGGCCAAAAAAAAAUCCAAAAUGAGUUGAUACAGUUGUUGGCUAAUGAGGUGAGAAGUGCAAUUGUCAAGAAAGUUAAACAUGCAAAAUAUUUUGCAAUUAUACUUGAUUGUACUCCAGAUGCAAGUCAGGAGGAGCAGAUGUCGUUAAUAGUACGAUUUGUAGAUGAUUCGGCAAACUUACCUACAGUUGAAGAAUAUUGGCUUGAAUUUUUUAAGGUAGAUGACACUACGGGACUUGGACUUACAACCGAGCUUCAAAAGGCUUUGAUCAAACUCGAUCUGGAUAUUGAUGACAUUAGAGGGCAAUGGUUGUUGCAUGCAGUUAAUAUUGUGAGUAAAUUUCUUCAAACUAAAUCCAUGGAUAUUGAUCAUGCUAUCGACCUAUUGCAAGGACUUGUUUCAUUUCUUGAAGAUAAUAGAGAAAUUGGAUUUGCCAUUGCCAUGGAUGAAUCGAUAAAAAAGGCAAACGAAAUGAGAAUUGAAGCUGUAUUUACAGAAAAACGCAUAAUUCGAAGAAAAAAGCAAUUUGAUGAAAACUGUAGUAAUGAGGCAAAGCAAACAGUAGAAGAAUCAUUUAGAGUUGAGAAGAAAAGUCAAAAGAUAGGGCAUCGGAAGUUGAUGCUUGAUGACGACGAACUUUCGCUAUUCUUCUACUUUCCAGAACCUCGUCACUAG